AUGUGGUGGAUUGCCUGCCUGUUUAUUGUUCCUAUUUGCGCUGCUCCCACAGCCCAGAAUGUCAAGGCGCAUCCCAACUCACGGCUGAUGAGCAACAUCCUCAGCUACGUGGCCGAGGAUUCCAGUGCGUGUGGCAACUACUUUCAACAUGCCUGCGGCAAGUAUGCAGUGCGUCACAUCGACGAUCCCUUCACGGAGAUCACCCAGAUGCUGGACCACAAGGUGAACGGGAACCUAGUCCAACUGAUGUACGAGCUGCAACAGCGCUCCCAGUCACCCGGCUUCAACGAGUCCAGUGUGGAGGCCAAGGCCCUGCGCUUCUACCGCACCUGCCGCGAAGCUCCGCAGAGUACACGCAAGAUGGAGCACUACCUUAGACUAGCCCCUCCUGGCGAGGCAAUCAAGUGGCCCCAGUUCAUGCCCAGCGGCAAGCCCUGGCCAAAGGCUCAAUUCAAGUGGAUGAAGUCCUUGGGGCACCUAUACCGCUAUGGUUUUACCAAUGUUCUGGUGAACGUGUUGGUCUUACCGAGCUCUGAGAACAGUAACCGCUUCCGACUGGACAUCAGUAUGCCCAGUCUCGAAGGGGAGGCGCAGCACCUGGGCGAUUUUCUAAGUACCCUCGCCACUCUCCAGGUCAUUGGUGUGCCGACGAAUAGCGUAUUACCCCUUGUGCGGAAGAUCAGAAGGCUGGAGUCCGCCAUACGGGUCCUAACCGAAGUGGACGACGAUGAUGAAAGCGCGACUUGGACUUUGCGCCAGUGGGAGUACAAAACCGGCUACGCAUGGCAGGACUUCGUCGAGUCAAUAGUUGGCCACAGUGUCUCAAAACACUACUUGGUGCAGGCCCAGAAUGCAAAGUACUUCACGGGCCUUAAGCGGCUGAUGGACUCCACGGACGCUGAGGUGGUGGCCAACUACAUCAUGACCCGAUUCAUGCAAUACCUCAUAGACGACUCCAUGGAUAGCAAUGAGCACAUCGAAUGCGUCAAGGAUGUGCGCCGCACCAUGAACCUGGCAUCGAACCUGCUCUACAAGGAGCGCUUCUUGGACCCGGCAACACUGCAGCAGUACACCCAGGAAGUUACGCAGGUCUUUGACCAGUUGCGCCGUCAGUUUCUACUGCAAAUCAAUGAGAAUCGCCUUGGGCUGACUAGUGAGCAGAACAGUAUGGUUGCCACAAAGGCUCAGCAUAUCGUUCUCAAUAUCGGGAACAUGCCAAGAGGUCUUGACCAUCGUAGCUUUGUCAGCCGGCACUAUGAGGAUCUUGUCUUUCCGCUCGCUGAUUUCGACUACGCACGGGAACAUCUUAACCUGCUGGAGUUCCGCACCAGAAAGCAGGUUUUACAACUUGACCAACGUGCUCCGACUCUCGACGAGUACUUCUACUUGGCGGAUCCUAACACGGCCAUGAGCUCCAGUCCCUACUACCUAAUGCGACUAAACGUCAUCGUUGUGCCACACGGACUUCUACAGGAACCAUUCUUUGCAGCGGAUAGCCACGACAUAUUCAAGUACAGCCUGCUGGGAUUCGUCCUUGCCCAUGAGUUGAUGCACUCCGUCGACACCACGGGUCUUCAUUUUGACAGAUAUGGGAACGUACACGAAAUUGGACCGCAGAUAUCCAGUUCGCCGCGCUUUGAGGCGGGUGUGCAGUGCCUGAACCGGAACAAUACACAGUAUCUGGACGAACGUAUUGCGGACAUUGCCGGACUGGAUCUGGCCUAUUCCACCUACUUCCAGAACAACUCGCGGAUGAGUCUAACCGAUUUCACCACCAUUCCGCCGCAACAAAUCUUCUUCCUCAAUCUGGCACAGUUCUUCUGCGGCAACGGGGAUCCAACGAACUUCGUUGAUCACGACAACGACCAGAUGCGUCUGCAGCAAAUGAUUAAAGGGUUCGCUCCGUUCCACCAGGCUUUUGGUUGUCCAGCAGAGAGCAAUCAGCCCGAAAAGUGCCAGCUGUGGUAAAUGGAUUCAAGUAGUGCUACAUCAACUGAGAUUCGGAUCAUUAAAUUUUGAAAUCUAGUGUAUAAAACUAUAUUCAACAAUAAACUAAAUGGAUCUGAAAAAAGUUCACUACCCAAUCGGGCAGAUACUAUUACUCUGCAUUGAAAACACUCUUCGUUAGGUGAGAUUUUAUUUAUUCAUCACUGGAUCCUGCGAUGUCCGGAGGGAGAGAUGGAAAGAGAACCAUUACCAGAUGCGGCAUCGCUGGCUGGCCUGCAUCUUGGCCUUCUUAUCGCAUCCGAACUCCCUCGAGAACUCUUCAAAGUUCGCCAGCGUCUGCAUCACACGCAGCUCAUCCGCGGCGUGCUUCAAAUGAGCCUCCGACUGAGAACGCGGACUGAGGACGGGCGUCCGACCGCAAAAGAACUGGGCGAAGCUGAUGAAGAAUAGCUGCCGCUGGCUGAACUGCGGCAUCAGAGGAUCCCUGGGCUCCCGCUUGUCCCGCACCCCGAAGAAGGUCUCAUACGCCAGCCGCAGAGCCACAAAGUCGGCCAGCUUUUCGUCGAUCCACUUGGAACCGGUGGCCAUCUGCUGCUGCAGACACUGGAGUCCUUGUCGAAACUGUCGGCUAGCGCCGAUCUCCUCCACGGGCCCCAUGAUGUUACCCAGUGCGUCGUAGUCCAUUCCCGACAUAUCGAAUCCGUGUGCCAGCUCGUGGGCCAGGACGAAUCCCAUAACGGCGUGCUGCUGCAGGGCGCUUAUGUUUCGAUGCCAUAUGGGCAGUUGGAGCAGACCGUGUGGCACCAGGACCAGAUUGCGUGGUCUGACAUACAGGGGCGACGAGUUGCUGGCCUCCCAGCUUUCCGACAGGUAACUCAAGUUGCUCCCCGUGGAAUUGGCGAAGUUUGUCACGUUUAUGUAGAGCAGAUCGUGGUUCGCCUCUGCGCGUUGGCGCAGCAAGACCAGCUGGUUGCCGUAGAAGGAGUGGCCGCUCAGGUCGACGCGGACGUGGUACUGCUCCACAUCCUCCAUUUCGUCCGGUUGAAAGAAACCCAUCUGCAGUCGAACUGCGUGCAGUUUCUGCUGCAGGAUGUGCACCAGUGGUGGCGAUAGCCUCAUCCGGUUCUCGGCCAAGAUCUGGCCAAAUCGCACCUUCAAGCGCUGGAACAGUGAGCGGACGUAGGAUUCGGAUUCCGGGUCGGAAAAUUGCUGGCCCACCAGCCAGCUACUGGCCAGAGGCAUGGCCCUCCUGAGGGCGGCCACGCACUCACCUCGUGAAAUGUCCGCGGGUCCCUGUUGCUUAAGGAAGGCCAACCACUUGAGCAUGAUGUAGCUGCAGACGGUGUCCGGGCUCUCCGAUUCCACCAGGUCGCUGAGUGCCCUGAGGUACGGAAUAUUCUCGAUGAUCAGUGUGGAGCGCAGAUCCAGCUCGGAGUCGAUUCGCACCUGGCGCAUAAAGGACAGCCAGCGUAGCUGCGGCAGGUACGAGUCCAAGUAGCCCAGCUGCAUUUCUCGCGGUCCUUCGUCGUCCUCCAGCUCCUGCAGGCGGUGCAACUUCCGCUCGAAGUCGUCCACCUGGCGAGCCAAGGCGUUGGCCGUGCGCUUUGUCUGUCCGAUGUCCAGAAGCAGUUCGAUCAUGGCACCUUCUCCUGUGGGCUGCGUCUCCUGGCGACUCGGCUUGUUCACAUAGAUGCUGUAGUUGCGCGAAUCAUCCCAUCGCGGCAGGACCUCCUCCCGCAGCAGCACCCCGUUCAGUCCGUGCAGACGCAGUCGACCCAAGGUCGUUAUCCAAUCGAACUGCUCCGGACGCCAGCCACGACCCACCGAUGGCCACUGCGUGGAGUUGCUGGGCGGCAGGAGCUGCAGGUACUUCUUGAGGUUGUACGGCUUAAGGCGCUUACACGAACGGUAGUAGAGUCGCAUCUGCUCCAGAAUCGAGGAGUCCGACUCGGUGGAGCUCUCAUUCCUUCGCCGCAGCAGCAGCUCCAGCCUCCGGUUCACGGAGUGGUCUAUCAGUCCCAGGGUGUCGGUGGGCAGCAGCUGACCCUGAUACCGCUGCCGAUCCCUCGUCCAAUCCCUGUCGCGCAGGGAGUGCUGUUCCUGCUGCUGGAUCUGCCAGUUCCCGCAGGCAUACUGGUAGAAGUUCUCGCAGGGACGCGCCUUCGUGUCCAUGUAGCUCUGCAGCUGCUCGGCCAGCAUUUCCUGGACGCUCUGGGGAGCGUUGGUCUGGCGACAGGCGGUGGGCGUGGUGCGCCAGGCCAGCGAAAAUAUGAGCCAGGCCACCAGGCUGAGCUUCAGCAUGAUGGUUUCGACUGUGACAAAUUGCAACUGGCCGGACUACGAUUCGCCCGGAUCGCGGAGACUGCGGACUAGAGCAGGCCCAUCGCCUGUCAGUCAUCAUCGUGGGAGGAGCAGUGGAUCCUAGCUAUAUGUGCACACCCAGUACUUGACCUUUCUUUUUUUGAAUAAAUCUUCGGAUGCCUUCUUUUCCUGAUA